UACAAGCUCGUCGAGUUCCUCAUCGUCAAAGGAUCGUUCCUCAAUCUCGGGUUCAUCAAACGAGCGAGCUAAAUGUCAACACUAUGACGUUUGACGUGGGGAAGUAUGUAAACACAGCUAGAUGUUCUCACCCAUACAUCCCUGGCUCGGAUAAGGAGCUGUUCCCUUCAGCGCAC